AUGCAGCACCACUCAUGCUUAAAAACAAAACGAAUAGUUUCACACUAGGCCGCUUAAAUGUACACCCCGUACACUAGCACUAGUUUUAUUUAAAGUGUAGUGUAUUUAACUGCAUUCUUGGCAAAGUAUUUUGCACUGUUGGUGUUUGUUUUACACUGGAGACGCCGGAGUGGGAUUUCCCAGCCUAUAGCCACUCAGGGAAGAUGGCGUCUGGUUGCUUAGCGCUCCCUUGUCUAAUCUUAAUCUGAUCGUGUUAUGGUAUAAAAUAAAAUAAAAGCAAAACCUACACUCCAAAAGCUUUGCAUAUUACAUUAGACAAUGUCUGAUUCCGAGGAAGAGAGUCAAGAUAGGCAAUUAAAAAUUGUCAUCCUAGGAGACGGAGCUUCGGGAAAGACUUCAUUGGCGAUGCGAUUCGCACAAGAAGCAUUUGGGAAACAGUACAAGCAAACAAUAGGUCUGGAUUUUUUUCUUAAACGAAUAUCAUUGCCAGGAAACCUUAAUGUUACACUGCAAGUCUGGGAUAUUGGUGGACAAACAAUUGGAGGAAAAAUGUUGGAUAAAUAUAUUUAUGGAGCUCAGGGUGUGCUACUGGUAUAUGAUAUCACAAACUAUCAAAGUUUUGAGAACUUGGAAGACUGGUUCUCCAUGGUAAAGAAAGUUAAUGAAGAAUCAGAAUCUCAGCCUGUUGUUUAUUUGGUAGGAAAUAAAAUUGAUUUGGAGCACAUGAGAACUGUAAAGGCUGACAAACACCAACGAUACUGCCAAGAAAAUGGCAUUAGCAGUCACUUUGUUUCUGCGAAGACUGGAGAUUCUGUAUAUCUCUGCUUUCAGCGAGUUGCUGCUGACAUACUUGGCAUCAAAUUGAACAAAGCAGAAAUGGAACAAUCACAACGAGUUGUCAGGGCUGAGUUGGUGAACUACUCUCAGGAUGAAAGCCAUGUGCAGACCUCUGAAAACUGUCAGAGUAAAAUUUGUUCUGUACAGUAGUUCAGAGGGUAGUCAAAGCUGAUAUAGUGAACUACAGCCAGGAGCCAGUGGCUCGAACUGUGAAUCCUCCCAGAAGUUCGAUGUGUGCAGUGCAGUGAAGCUCCCUCACAACGGACACUAAUACUUCCUCCCAGCGGUGCAGUUGCCCUACAGGAACUAGAAUUCUACAGUAGUCCUAGCUUCAGCAUAGCAAGCCAUUUGAUGAACAGUGUGCAGAGAAGCAACAGGCAAUAUCGGUGCCUGGUCAAGGUUCAAGUUUGUGACUUAAGAAGAUAUUGAUUGUAGACUGUCUUGCUGUUCUUGUUUAAACAUUUUUUGUUUCUUAUUUGGUAUAAAGAGGGUUUUAAUAUGUAGCCAUUAUCAAUUCAUUUUUGAUAGAUUUUUCAAUAAAAGCAACAUUUUUAGUGCUGCUUAGAAAGAUUCACUUCAUGCCAAUUGUCUUUUUUUGUGUUUUUUUUAGUCCUUUUUUCUGUUUAUAAUUUAAUUUGUGUGGUUGCUUUGUGAGAGUGUGUUAAUGUGUAUGUGUAUACGACAUAUAUAAAUAUUACACGUACACACAGACAUGCAUUGGUAAUUUAUGAUGUCAGUCUUUUACUGUUGAUGAACAAUAUUAUUAGUAUUAUUCAUUUUUUCAUUCAUUUUGAUAUUUAAUAUGUUCAGUGUAAUCACAAUAUUGACCAUUAUUCAGAAUUAUUCCAAAAUAUUUUUAGAUUUGAAUGCCAGGGCUAAACUUAAUUAUUUCUGUUUUUUAUAUACACAAGGCAAUUUCCUUGGUAUGACUCAACAUUGUAAUUGUGAUAAUAACAAAAAAAAAAUUGCAUGUUUAGAAUUACGCUUAAUAAAUUAUAUUCUCAAUAUUUUUAUUUAACUAACUUUUUUGUAAUUUAAUCUAUAUUGAAAAUAUGAUGCCAGAGUGAGGCAGAUAUUUUCAUUCUGAAGUGACAUUGGAGGCAGCUGGCUGCUUUAUUGUACAAUUGUUUCAGAAAAAGGGACCUUGUUGCUAAAUGUCACUUUUUCAAUACAUAUUUAAAACAUGGAUUUGAGGUAAUGCUGGUAUCCUUGGUUAUUCAUUCAUAUUUAUGGAAAUAUCAAACCUAAUUAGACAUAUAUGAUGAUGAUGAUGAUAUAAUACAUUUUUAAUGGAUGAUUGUGUUACCAUAAAAAUAAAUCAUCUGGAUAAGUUUACGGUAUGUAUUUGGACAUAUAUACACUGUUUUAUUAUCUGGGUAUAGCACACUAUUUGCAGCAGUGAAAACAUAAUUAAGUAAAAGUCUUGAAAAUGCUGGCUUCCAAUAUAACAGUUUCUGCUGCAGAGUGUGUGACGAUGAUACUUGAACAGACUAUAUGGUCCUCUCUCUUUUGCAGCAUCUGUAAUUUAAUACAAAUUAUCAUAUUCUGUGUAACCUACAAAAAUAAAGUCCUUGAUCUAAGCCUGG